AUGAAAGACCGUGAUGGCACGUUUCGCUUGGAGUGCGGCAUUGACGGAUGCGAUUGCAGCGAGUUCGACCCUAAGAAGGAUGCACAAGCCUGCGCGGCGUGCUCUCACAGUGCUGCCCGACAUGCAAUCAAACCGGAAG